UGUGCCAUAACCAAAAACAAUAAAAUGCCACGGCCAAAAGUCGAGUAGUGACAAGCGCGUUAUUUUGCUUCGCGUGGGAUUCGUCAUCCGACAACAAAGGAAGAAGCACGUGACAGUUAACGCAAAAAGAAAUAGAACACAGUCUUUUUUCUUUCCGAUCACAGACCGUAUGAUGGCACGUGAUGUUCACCUUGAUGUGUUACCAAAAAAAAAAACCGCGGCCGGGCAAAGAGGCUUGUUUUACAGCCAAAUCGGGAAGUGUCAUCUCUUACUUCCCACUUCUCUAGUUAUAAUUGAAGUGCUGUGGGACAGAAGACAAGCAGAUUAGCACCCAUUCUAAAGAAUCUGAGAAUGAAUAUUGUUUUGAAUAGAACACUAUUUGUCCUUGUAGCUUCCUGAUCCUGAUGCCAUUUCCAUAACAACAACUCACCAAAACAUGGAGCAGAUGACAGUCCAGCAUGAGUUUGAGCACGAAACACAUGACGGUCGCCUUGUGUCCAUCACGCCCGACGAAACCUACUUGCUCCUCACCAGGACAAAUGAACACCGCUGGUAUGUCCGCACCAAACAAGAAGACACUGAGCCAAUCUACAUUCCGGCCCAAUAUGUGCGGAAUGCUCAAGGUGAUUCCUGCCAGUUCUCCACGUUUGGGGUAUGUGACGCCAAACCUGAGGUGACCCCCGAAAGACUCGCACAUGAGGGAGGGGACGUACCUCACGGCAAAGUGGAGAUGACUAUCAGAACGGAUGAGGAGAAUCUGUCGCCCACUUGCGACAUCAUUGCAACACAAAAGGUGGACGAUGAGACCCAAAGAGCGCCCAUCUACGCCAACGUAGCUCAACUUCGCCAGGACUCCGCCGACUCGCUGCUCCACCAGGACGCCGACGGAUGGGAGGUGCACUUUGACCCGGAGAGUGGUCAGGACUACUACUACCCCCCCGCCACGGGGCAUACCACCUGGGAAAACCCCCUCUACGAGUCAUCCCGUGACCCCGAACCGCUUCCCCCCUCACCCCCUCGGUCUCCCACCGACUUCCUGUCCACCGCCUCCCGUCCGGCCUGGACAUCGGACUGGGAGCAGCUCGUGGAUGAGCGCAGCGGCUGCCCGUACUUUUACAACGCCAUGUCUGGGGAGACGUCCUGGGAGCCGCCAGAGCCGCUCAGCCCGUACCCGCCCCUGAUGGAGCCGAUGAGUGUGCACCGCUUUCACCAAGAUGAGUCGCCUCAGAUACCCGAAGAAGACUACAACUCAGAAGAUUACCCGGCAGGCGCCGAUGGACCUGAUCCCGACGAGGAUCCCCUGCCCAUGAGGCCCUCGGCGUCCCACAGGGAAUACAACCUGUCCCACGUGAGCCGAGCCAUCAUCCCUCGGGCCAGCCUGGACCGCAGCACGCCCGCCGGCUGGAGCCUCAACGUGGAGCCCGAUGGCACCUGGGUGUUUUCCAACGAGUACUCACUCGAGCAGUGGGUCAAGUCCGUGGACGACCUGGGCCAGACUUACUAUUACCUGAAAGAUGGCUCCAAGUCCCAAUGGAACCUGCCUAAGGUGGGCCCUGCGUCGCCGGGACUGUCCCAGGAGGAAAAUGGCGAGGAGGCCGAAGAGGUGAAUGUCUUCAAGAACUGGAGACAAACCGUAGGACCAGCCCAGCUCGCCUCGGUCCAAGAUGACGCAAGUUUCCUCCCGACCCACCGCAGGACCACGUCGGACUACAGCAGCGACAGCUCCAGCACGGGAAACUCUCCUGAGACGCAGCCUAACUCUCCGGUUGGAUUUCAGGUGCACAACUUGGAGAAAGCCGGAAUCCUGAACAAAACAAAAGUGUCUGAAAAUGGCAAAAAAGUCAGGAAAAACUGGGCCCAGACUUGGACUGUACUGCAUGGAGGCAUGCUGACCUUCCACAAAGACCCGAAAUCGACAUCGCCAGGAAUUUCGAACAAGACCAAUCAGAUCGUCCCGGAAGUGACGGUGGACCUUCGAGGUGCCAUGAUCAGCUGGGCCUCUAAGGACAAAUCGAGCAAGAAAAAUGUUUUGGAGUUAAAAAGCAAGAGCGGUGUUGAGUUUCUGAUCCAGUACGAUACCGAGAGCAUCAUCACCGACUGGCAUAAAGUCUUACUGGACACCAUAAGGCAACUGGAGUACCAGGACCAGCAUCACUCAGAGGAGGAAGACGGUAGCGACCUGUACGAGAAGAUCAGCAUCACGGACCAACAGAUUGCAACCGACUGGCGUCGGGCCUCCAGACCGAGUGUCAACAGCACCAGCGGCGGUGAAACCGACCCCAAGAAGGUUCGCACCAAGCUCAUCAAGUUCCUCAUGAAGCGGCCCUCACUUCAGGCAGUCAAGGAGAAAGGAUACAUACGAGAGAACGUGUUCGGCUGCCACCUGGCCAUGCUUUGCGCGCAGGAGCGGACCACCGUCCCCAGAUUUGUGGAGAAAUGCAUAAAAGCCGUGGAGAGGAGAGGUUUGGACAUCGACGGACUCUACAGGGUCAGCGGGAACCUCGCCACCAUUCAGAAACUGCGCUUCAAGGCAGAUCAUGAGGAAUUGGACCUUGAGGACGGCCAGUGGGCUGACGCUCACGUGCUCACCGGAGCGCUGAAGCUGUUCUUUCGCGAGCUUCCCGAGCCACUUUUCCCCUACAACCUGUUUCACAAGUUCAUCUCUGCAAUCAGAAUUCCUGAUUACAACACAAAGGUGUGUUGCAUUUAUGAGUUGAUCAAAUCUCUCCCCAUCCCGAAUCACGACACCAUGAGCCUCUUGUUCGGACAUUUACGGAGGGUCAUCCAGUGUGGCGAGGACAACCGCAUGACGGUGCACAACGUUGCAAUCGUGUUCGGGCCCACGCUCCUGCGGCCCGAGGCAGAGUCGGGCAACAUCGCCAUGCACACGGUUUUUCAGAACCAGAUAGUGGAGCUCAUCCUUCACGAGUAUGAGCGCCUCUUCCAAUCAGGCUGAAGGAGUUCAUGUCUUGAUUUGAAGAUUUAACACGACACAUCUUGUGACUUGAUUGUAAUAUAGAAAUGUAUACAGCUAUUAAUAUCCGCAAGCCUUUGUGAAUUAAAUCUGAUGUAGCAUGUUUGAAUAUAACAGAAUAUCUAUGCUGUAUUAUUUGUCUAACGACAACAUGCAACUACUGUACAUAAAGAUUAACAGACUAGAGAGGCGGCUACUGAAGGAAAUGUAUGUGCUGUAAAUAGUAAUAGACAGCAUUGAAAUGCUGAAAGUUAUCAAAAAUGUGAUACAGAGUAAUUCCAUAAUAAAUUAACUUUGUAAAUAAAG